AUGUCUCUUAUGCCCAUCGUCAACUCUGGUCAGUAUAAAAUCAGAAAUCUCAAGUUUGGUGCCAUCCGUGAGGACGAGGGUGCGCUGGGAGCGAUAGGUAACUCGAACUGUGCAGAGCUCGUCUGGAACGUUACUUUGAACCCGGACAACUCACACACCCUUCAGGCUGUGUCUGCAAAAGCCGCAGCUGUCAUUAGUUGUCCAGUCACUGAAGUCCCAAAUCGCUUCUAUAUCAGCGUCGAGGAAGAAUCCGCGCCGGGAAUUCAUUGGUUCCUCCAGCCAGUGCUGAUUGGUUCCGACCCUCGUAUUCUCUACGCUAUCUAUGAACCCGGCAGGCAUGGCCACUGGGAACUUCUAAGUGCAAACAAGAAGGAACCUGUUAAACUCAACGAGGAACCGACUGAUGAUGAAAACAAGCCAGUUCCCACCCAUUUUACUCCAGAGGCACUUUGGCUCUUCGAGUAUGUCGCAGGUGCUGAGUAA